AUGUCGGCCUAUGAGGUGCUAGGUAUCCAGGCUUCAGCGCGAGAUGGCGAGAUCCGGGCCGCCUACAAGCGCCUGGCUCUCCAGCUCCACCCGGACAAAGGCGGCUCCAAGGCCGCGUUCCAGCGGGUGGCGGCGGCCUUCGAGCAGUUGGCGGACCCUGUGCUGCGCAAGGCCUACGAUGAGCGAGCGAGGCGUGCAGCGUGCAGGGCCUCGAAGAGGGCGCCCAGCAAGAAAAUGAAGCGCGGCUCGAAGCAGGGCGUGCAAGAACAGGAACGGCCGCAUGCGCCGAAAGCGCCGAAAGCGCAGCAGAGCACGCCGAACACAGAGGGCGCCAAGAGGGACAGAACAGACCACUUGUUGAAACAAGUGGCGAAGAUGCUGAAGAGUCUGGCAGUUGAGAAGCGGAAGGAUGUCAUAAGUAGGCGCCUGUCCCAGAGACAACGAUUGGACUUGGAAUCCUUUAUGACACGACCAGCUGGCAGAGAUAAUAGUCGUCGCGGCUCAGAGCUUGUGGAGCAAGAUGGCUUCAGCUCCAGCAACGAGGCGCACACGCUGGCGCUGUGUGAUGAGAUAUCCGAGGACGAAGCCGCGGAGCUUUCGCCUGAGCGCAGCUGUGAGACUACAAGCAGUGAGCGGCUCAGGAUGGGGCCCAAGCAUCGAGAUCUUCGGGGCACUCGUGGCUUUUGGGGCUACCAGAGUGGGGGCAAGCAGUAUUACUACGUGCAAGUAAGCAUGGGCUGGCUUUACAUGCAAAGCUGGCAGGUCAAGAGUGUGGAAGAUGCGGUUGAAAGGCAUGUGGUUCUCAUAUGCAUUCUGGAUCACAUGCGCAAGAGUCCAGCUGCUAAUUGGAACGAUCGUGUGCAGUGCGCCGUGAAGGAGGUGAUACAAGAGUUUGGGAAGCAGCCUGAGGAGCUUAAGAUUAGCUUUCGCCUAGUGGUGCCUUCUAGCUAUUGGAUCGGGCGUUCACUUUAUACACCCACCUUCCGAACAGAAGAUCUGGCGCUUCUUGAUGAGCCCUUGUCAAGACUCCGGGCUGCUCGCGGGAUCACCAAAAGAGGGGACAAGUCUCAUCUAUGUUCCCCCACGCAGCUAGAGCACAUGUGGCUGCAGAUCAAGCAGGCCUACCUGGAUGUGCUGGCCAAGUUUGGCAAGGACACGGUGCGGGCGGCAGCGCAGCUUGACCUACUCUUCUCAAAGCAGGAGCCUCAUCGGGAAGAAAUUUGGCGGCGACAGAACGAGCGCUUGAUGCGCCGCGCAGAGAAGGAGCAGGUCCUUUUUGAGCAGCGCAAGCGGAAGAUGGAUCUGCGGGCGCAGGCUCGCAGCGACCGAGACCAAGAGCGUGAGAUGUGCCAGGAACGCCUCCUCCAGCGCUUGGAUUCCGUCCUGGCAUUGUGGGCGCGGAAACUUGAGCGCGUCCACGACUUUGGGUACAGCCUACGGCUGCUGCGCCAGAAAGCGCCUGGCACGCGGCGCCUGCCGCCAUCGCGGCACUUCCUGGUGCGGCGCACUGCAAAGGGGAGGUCCUUUUUUACCGGCAAGCACUGCAGCCACGUGGAGGGCCUCAGCACGGCUUCUGGCCGGCGCUUGGUGAGGAGGAUCAACAGUCACAUCACCCAGCCCCAGUUCAUUUACCGCCACGUGUGGUCACCCGGGGAUGUGGUGCUGUGUGACAACCGCAGCUGCUUGCACCGGGGCCGACCCUGGACAUUGCCGCAUAAGACGCGGCGGAUGAUUCAGCUAGUCAAGAUAGCAGAAGGCCGCAACGAGAUCGCAGCGGGUCUGCGGGACAGCCAUGCGCUCCUACGGCGGCUUCAGCUGCAUCCGGGCGCUGUAGCAGAGGCUGCUCCCUCCAUAUUGGAGGAGGAGGCCUUGCAGAUGCUCGAGGCAGUGGGUUGGCAGGAGGGGUGGGAGACGCGGAGCUGCAAUGUGCCGAGGGACAAGGCCAAAUGCCGCCGGCCCGCAGCGCGGAAGGCCUUUGCGCAGAUUUUGGAGGAGAAGCUCCAGCCCAGCGCCGGGAGGAGCCGACCGGCAACUGUGGGCUGGGAUUUUGCCAGAGGCCCUGUGCCCUCCGAGAAAUCUUCUGUGGGCCUGUGGACCCAGCCAACAGCCCAAACCUUCGGCGCGCUGGUGAAUGCGUCAGUGCGUGUGGGGGACCUGGCAGAGGCGCGGCGCUGGCUGGAUGAGUCCCAGCGCGCCGGGGUGAAUCCGGGCGUGGUCGCCUACACCACGCUGCUCAAAGGCCUUUGCGAGUCCGGGCAGAUCCCCGAGGCCCAAGAGGCACUGGACGGCAUGGUCCAGGCCGGGUGCCAGCCCAACAUCCGCACGGCCAACACGCGCCUGGGCCUGCGGCGCGCGGGGGAGGUGGAUGCCGCCGAGACCCUGCUCAGGAGCGGAUGA